AGCAGACGAAAUUUGGUGUCCAACUUCUUAAACAAAGAGUACCCCUUAUUCACAAUGAUUGAUCAUACCAACAUCACAUCAACACUUACUAAAAAAGUCCCAAUUUAAGAGAUACUAUUGAAAAUUGUGACAACUAAAUUAAAAGGCAAAAAAAAAAAAAAACGCUUCAAACUAAAGGAAGAUACCAUUCCUUCUUCUUCACUCAAAAAUUCUGAAGGAAAUUAAACACACGUCACAACAAAUUUUUAAAAGCCCCCAUUUAGGUAGAACGUAGUGAACAUAAGAAAAGAACACCACAAUGCCCCAUUCUGAAAUUGCUUUCCCUCUGCUUCAUUUCUCACCCAAAACUCGUCUAAAAAAGACCCUUUUACACAAGUACUACAGAGUUAUGAAAUUUACAAAAAGAAAUAUCAUCCCACUUCUUGUUUUCAUCUUAUCAUUUGCUUCAAUACUCAGACUCAUCAAGAUUUCUGUAAUCACUUCAUAUUCUUCUCCAAUUUUUUCCGUCUUGUCUCCAGCUGAAUACCGCCCUCAUCUCCUUACGGAGAAAGAAAUCAAUUUUCUCUAUGAUAUUGUAUCCCGAAAAUCCCCUGGCAACAUUCUUGUUUUCGGGCUUGAAACACAAUACUCUUCUCAAAUUUCGACCAUCAACAGGGGUGGAUUCACUGUCUUCCUUGAAGACAACCUCGCAAAGAUCAAUGCUAACAAUUCCACGAGUAAUACAAAUAGUACUCGAAUUCACAGAAUCGAGUAUCAAACAGUUGCUAGAGAUGCUUACACGCAUUUAAAACACGCUAGACAAAACCAAAAACACUGCUACAUUUCAUCAAGAAAGUGCAAAUUUAUGUCGCUUGUGACAAAAGUUCCUAAAGAAGUGUACAAAGUGAAGUGGGAUUUGCUGAUUGUGGAUGGACCAGAUGGGGAUAAGCCAGAAUCACCAGGAAGAAUGGCUGCAAUUUAUAUUGCUGGUGUGUUAGCAAGAAGAAGCAAAAAGAAAAAAGGGACUCAUGUGUUGGUACAUGAUGUUGAUAGAAUGAUUGAGAAGUGGUUUUCUUGGGAAUUCUUGUGUGACACUAAUUUGGUUUCUUCUAAAGGGAAAUUCUGGGAUUUUAACAUACUAGCAAAACCAAAUGCCACCACAUUUUGUCCAACAUAAUUGAACAUGUAUAGUCUGAUAUUGUAGAAGAAAUUCUUUUGUUUGCCAUUAGAUCUAGGCAUCUAGCUUAUGUUUGUUUCAUUACUAUGUAUCUUCCCUAAGUUAUCUUGAGAAUUCAUCUUAAUUUAUCUCUUUGUAAAUUAGCUCCCUUCAAUAGAUGUUUAAAUCCAAGAAUGCCUCCAUUCGUUAAUCCUUUCAAUCUUAAGGUUUAAUCCCUCCAUUUGAAUGGUAAAUAGUAUAUAAAUUUCCAGAAUGGAGAAGAUGAAGGAUCUGGUACAGGUUA